CGCGGUGGGUCCCAGGGAGUGCAGGUGAUCUCGCUGCAGGUUUCUUGCGCUGGCGGCGCUCCCCGGAGGAAGAGAAGGGCAGUUGGGCCUGCGGCCUUGGCGUUCAUGAGGCCUCCUUGAGCUCCGGAGGAUCUACAACUCUGAGGGGGCGGCUAGAGUUCUUGUCCUCCGGUGUGUGAGAAGCAGCCUAGGACCCCGGGUUCGGGGAGUCGCAAAGAAGGCCAUAAGGGCUUCACUUCCUUCUCCGGAGGCCUGCCUUCUGCGCGUCGAUUAACACCGCAUUCUUUCCCACUUCCUCUCAAUGUUUGCUUCAUAUAUCUGGAAAUAUGAUCAGCGCCCCUGAUGUAGUGGCCUUCACCAAAGAGGAAGAGUAUGAAGAAGAGCCUUACAAUGAGCCGGCCCUGCCUGAGGAGUACUCGGUGCCGCUCUUCCCCUUCGCCAGCCAGGGUGCUAACCCCUGGUCAAAACUGUCUGGGGCCAAGUUUUCGAGGGACUUCAUUCUUAUUUCCGAGUUCUCUGAGCAGGUGGGACCCCAACCCUUACUGACCAUCCCCAAUGACACCAAAGUUUUUGGCACUUUUGAUCUCAAUUACUUCUCCCUGCGUAUCAUGUCUGUGGAUUACCAGGCUUCCUUCGUGGGCCAUCCUCCUGGAUCUGCCUACCCUAAGCUGAACUUCGUGGAGGACUCCAAGGUGGUGCUGGGAGAUUCCAAGGAGGGAGCCUUUGCAUACGUGCACCACCUUACCCUAUAUGACCUAGAGGCCCGUGGCUUCGUGAGGCCGUUUUGCAUGGCAUAUAUCUCUGCAGACCAGCAUAAAAUCAUGCAGCAGUUCCAGGAGCUUUCAGCCGAAUUUUCCAGAGCUUCUGAGUGCUUGAAGACUGGCAACAGGAAGGCAUUUGCUGGGGAACUUGAAAAAAAGCUGAAAGACUUGGAUUACACCAGGACAGUGCUACACACAGAAACGGAGAUCCAGAAGAAAGCCAACGACAAAGGCUUUUACUCAUCUCAGGCAAUUGAGAAAGCCAAUGAACUGGCCAGUGUGGAGAAGUCCAUCAUUGAACAUCAAGAUCUCCUGAAGCAGAUCCGCUCAUACCCUCAUCGGAAGUUGAAGGGGCGUGAUUUGUGUCCUGGUGAGAUGGAGCACAUCCAGGAUCAGGCCAGCCAGGCAUCCACUACCUCUAACCCUGAUGAGUCUGCCGACACAGACGUUUACACCUGCAGACCAGCCUACACCCCAAAACUUAUCAAAGCAAAGUCCACCAAGUGUUUUGACAAGAAGUUGAAGACCUUGGAGGAGCUCUGUGACACUGAAUAUUUCACUCAGACCCUGGCUCAGCUCAGCCACAUUGAACACAUGUUCAGAGGAGACCUGUGUUACCUCCUGACCAGUCAGAUUGAUAGAGCACUUCUAAAACAACAGCACAUAACAAACUUUCUCUUUGAAGACUUUGUGGAGGUUGAUGACAGGAUGGUGGAGAAACAAGAAAGCAUACCCUCUAAGCCCAGUCAAGACAGGCCACCUUCCAGGUCUCUAGAAGAAUGCCCAAUUCCUAAAGUGUUAAUUAGUGUUGGUUCUUACAAGUCCAGUGUGGAAUCUGUGUUGAUCAAGAUGGAACAGGAACUGGGAGAUGAGGAGUACAAGGAAGUGGAAGUGACGGAGUUGAGCAGUUUCGACCCCCAGGAAAACUUGGACUACCUGGGUACGGAUAUGAAAGGGAGUAUCAGCAGUGGUGAAAGCAUUGAAGUUUUGGGCACGGAGAAAUCCACCUCUGUGCUUUCUAAGUCCGACAGCCAGGCCAGCCUCACAGUACCAUUGAGCCCCCAGGUGGUCCGGAGCAAAGCAGUCAGCCACAGGACCAUCAGCGAGGACAGUAUUGAGGUCCUCAGUACCUGCCCCUCUGAGGCCCUCAUCCCUGAUGACUUUAAGGCCAGCUACCCAAGUGCCAUUAAUGAAGAAGAAUCAUAUCCAGAUGGCAAUGAGGGAGCCAUCCACUUCCAGGCAAGCAUCAGUCCUCCAGAACUGGGUGAGACAGAGGAAGGCAGCGUGGAAAACACCCUAUCACAAAUAGACUCUUCCUGCUGUAUUGGGAAGGACAGCGAUGGUCAGCUGGUGCCGCCCUCCACUCCAGCCCACACACACCCUGACGAGGAUGGGGUGGUGAGCAGCCCCCCACAGCGCCAUAGGCAGAAGGACCAGGGGUUCCAUGUAGACUUUUCAAUGGAAAAUGCCAACCCUUCUUCCCGAGACAACAGUUGUGAAGGGUUUCCCGCUUAUGAGCUGGACCCGAGCCACCUGCUGGCUAGCCGGGACGUCAGUAAGACCAGCCUGGACAACUACUCAGAUACCACCAGCUACGUGAGCAGUGUAGCCUCUACCAGCCUGGACAGGAUCCCCUCUGCUUAUCCUGCCGGCCUGUCUUCCGAUAGGCAUAAAAAGAGGGCUGGCCAGAAUGCCUUGAAAUUCAUCCGCCAGUACCCCUUUGCCCACCCAGCCAUCUACUCCCUGCUCAGUGGGAGGACACUUGUGGUCCUGGGGGAAGAUGAGGCCGUAGUCAGGAAGCUCGUGACUGCACUGGCUAUCUUUGUCCCCAGCUAUGGCUGCUACGCUAAGCCCGUGAAACAUUGGGCCUCCUCCCCUUUGCACAUUAUGGAUUUUCAGAAGUGGAAGCUUAUUGGCUUGCAGAGAGUGGCCUCCCCUGCCGGUGCCGGUACCCUCCACGCCCUGAGCCGCUACAGCCGCUACACGAGCAUCCUGGACCUUGACAACAAAACCCUGCGCUGUCCCCUUUACAGAGGUACCCUGGUGCCCCGCCUGGCAGACCACCGCACACAGAUCAAACGGGGCAGCACCUACUACCUGCAUGUCCAGAGCAUGCUCACCCAGCUCUGUUCCAAGGCCUUCCUCUACACCUUCUGCCACCACCUACACCUGCCUACCCACGACAAGGAGACAGAGGAGCUGGUAGCCAGCCGCCAGGCGAGCUUCCUAAAGCUGACCCUGGGUCUGGUGCAUGAGGAUGUCAGGGUGGUCCAAUACCUGGCUGAGCUGCUGAAGCUGCACUACAUGCGGGAAUCUCCAGGGACCAGCCACCCUAUGCUCAGGUUUGACUAUGUCCCCAGCUUUUUGUAUAAAAUCUGAGGUCGGUCCCAGACAUUGUGACCAAGACCUGUGACUCAGGGUAUGGGGAGGGGAGGGGUUGGCAUGACCAAACAGUUGCCUGAGCUGGACUGUUUAGGUUUCUGGUGUCUGGCAGCAUGGUUCCCACGUGGCUCCUAGUAGUUUUCAAGUUGGACAUGGGCAGAAGUGGAGCCUGGCUCCCUCUAAAGGCGUCUGAAGGGAUGGUGACAGCUACAUUCGGCUCCCUGGUGAAGAGCGGCCCCUAGAUGUGGAGGGGGCCUUGGUUUUCUGAGGACUGGCAGCCAGGGCAGAAGGGAAGCCACCAGUCCCUUGGUGGGGCAGGGUGAGGGCAGGAAGGCCAAAGCCUGAUGGGAGGAGCACACUGUCCACAUUCAGCAUUGCCGGACACUUGAGUGGCAAAACGAGCGAGGGUGACAGCCGGGUAACUGUUGUGGUUUGGUAGAAAACAGGAGGGCAGAACACCCAUCUCCUCCUUCAGACCCAGAUGCAGCCCUUUAUUUGCCUCCUGGAGCCCACUGUCCCAGGGGAGGCCCUGGACCAUCCAGUGGGGGUGAGAAAGGCUGCCACCCUUUGGGUCGUGGGAAACAUGCAACCUUGGCCUCAGGGCCACAGAGCGUGAGCAGCACCCUGUCCCGUGUCCUCACCACCUUUACCUGGGAGAGAAGUGCCUGUGAGCGGGCUUUGGGACUCACUCCCUACACUCUUUCGCCAGGAACGAGCAGAGUGUUCAGUAGUCCCAGUGUGAAGCAGGCACAAGUGACCAAAGCCAAUGGUGAGGACCACCGUGGGGGCUGGAGAGCACAGCAGGCAGAGCAGGGCUGAGGCGCCAUGAGGCCAUCACCACCAUGCAAGGGAGGAGCAGCCAGCAGCUCUCCUGGGUGGCCCACCAGCUCCUGCCUGCCAGAGCGCAUGAGCACUGACCUUCCUCGUGGGGAAGGUCUGCAGACCCGUGUGAACAUGGCAGAGGCUACACUCCAGCUCCCAUCCACAUAAACCUUUGCAACCACUUCACUACCUCUCACUGGGUCUCGUGGGCAUGGGACAGCACGGUUCUGUUUAGUCAGCUGGUGCAGGUGGUCGGCCCAGCCGAUGAGAACUCAAAUAGCAUGGAUUUCCUGGAUGAGCUACCAUGUGGCGCUCUUCAGGUUCUGCACCUCAGUCACCUCAGCUCACGGCCGUCCCCAGUUGAGUCCCCCUUCUGAGGAUAAGUUUGAGACUGGGAAGGAGACACCCCUUGGUUCCGUCAGCACCUAUCCCACUGAUAGUGAUCCCCUGGCCUCCCCGAGCCUCUUUAGGCAAUGGCCACUGGUUUGUAGACAGAGCGUUUCUUGGCAGCCUUGAAAAUUUUAUUCCCUAAGUGGGGACAGCUCUGGGUAUUACUGCUUCUUUAAUUUGUUCCACAAAAAUUGUGCUGAAAUGGACCUGAAUCAGCCCUGGGUGUGCUUCUGUUGGCGCCUGCUGCUGAGGCCCAGCCUGCCCAUGGGCCUGUAGUACACCCUCGAGGUCAUCACGGAGCCAGCCAGCUUCUCUUCUCAUCAAGGAGGCAGAGACCCCUGGUGGAAGCCAAGAGUGACCAAAGAGGGCUUGCAUUAGGUCACUCCAGUGGUUCCCUCCUUGUCCAAGUCCUCAUUGUAAGGGCAGAGGUGUUUGAUUUUGCUCCUGGGGCUGCGAUGGACAACCUUUUGUGGCAGAUGGCGCUGCCUACAUCUCAUUGGUUCUCUGUACCUGUGCCCGUUGCGCAUGUUCACAGACAGGAGAGUCGCCAGCAAUACCUUGGCAGCCUUUAAAUGUGAAACGUCUGUUACUUGGGCUGGAGGCACAGGCUGUGCAGGGAGCCUGCUUCUAAUCGUGGGCUCCCUUAUCUGUUACGGUUCCCUCCCCUCCUGUUCUAGAUGCUGAUUUGUUUUCUCACUGGCUGGUUAAUUGCUGUCUACUUAGGCCUCCAAGGCCAUAACUGUGCAAACAUUUUAUCUGAGAAGGAAGGUAGGUCAGAAAGUGAUCAUUGGCACCACCACUGUGGCAUUCCUGUCACACCAACACAGAAAUUCACAGCUCAUACUCUUCUCACCUGGGAAACUUGGGAAGGGCUGAUGAGUUUGGGGCAGAUCCUGAAUUGCAGCCACACUUGGCCUUCUAGAAGCUGAAGCUGUGCACUCAAGUGGUCCUAAGUAGAAGUCCACUUGAGGUAUUUGCUGGGACACACCCUCAAGGGUGGUUCACAAGGUCCUGAGACCUAAGGCAAAAGGCUGCUGGGGCAUGAACAGAACAGACUGUCUCAGGGGCAGCCAUAGAAGUGGCAAGCAGGGCUGGUCUCCCUCAAGGUAGUUCUUCAUUAAGAUGGCUUCGUGACUAGUGUUUAGCUCCCAGAUUUAUAUUUGGGUUAAAAACUAACUUUUCAAUGUGGCAAUUUCAAAUGAUUACUUGAUGCAAAGUAUGUUUCCUUUCAAAGGGAUCUUGAAGUGGUACCAUGACUGAGUCAUAACUUGGGCAGACGCAGUUAACACUGGGAAGCCCUGCCCCUCCCUAUGCCCCUUUCACUGUGGGGAACUGAAACCUACUCUGAGUCUCACAUCUCUAAACCUCAGUGGUGAGACCUAUGCAGUGGGACUAAUCUCAUCAAGAAUUUUCAGUUGAGGCCGGGUGCAGUGGCUGACGCCUGUAAUCCCAACACUUUGGGAGACCAAGGUGGGAGGAUCACCUGAGGUCAGGAGUUCAAGACCAGCCUGGCCAACAUGGUGAAACCCCAUCUCUACUAAAAAUACAAAAAAAAGUUAGCCAGGUCUGGUGGUGCAUGCCUGUAAUCCCACUUACUCGGGAGACUGAGGUAGGAGAAUCACUUGAACCCAGGAGGCAGAAGUUGCAGUGAGCUGAGAUAGCGCCACUGCACUCCAGCCUGGGCAACAAGAGCGAAAACUCCGUCUCAAAAAAAAAAAAGAAUUUUCAUUUGCGGUAUUCUUCCAGUAGAAGGUUAAUAAGUUUUUAAUGAAACCAUUAGAAAUAACACUUUCCAGAAAAUAGAUGACAUCAGUGCCCCUUGCUACUUUCUCAGUCCUCACUAUUGCUUUUGAGGGCCCAGGUACCGAAACUCGUUGUCUUGAGUUUUGUGUCAGCUUUUCCUCCAGUCCAUUAUUCCCCUCCCUAGUUUCUGAAGCAGUCUAGGUUAAACUAGCCAGGUGGGUAGUUGUGGACUGGUGAUUUUCAAAAGCCCCACUUUAGAGAUCAGGUCACAGCUUUUUAUAUCGCACAGGACACAUCAGCCUGAGCCGCUGCCUCACGCCUGUUUCCCCAGGAACCUCACUCCUUUGGUGGAACCUUGGGAUUUUAGAAAUUGUGGCUUUUCCAUACCUCAUUUACUCCAACAGUUGAAGUUACACACAUUGCUCCCGAAUUUGGAAAUAGACCACAGUACCUUACCUUUCAUUCCCCAUCUGGCCUUUACCUUCUUUGCUUCAGUGGUUGAAAACAGUUGCCAUAUUCAGAGUAUAGUAGAUUUCAACCUCACACAAAUGACAAGUCCCAUUUCACAAUCCUAGGAAGGCCCACCAAUUUCAUUUCUGUGCCAGGGCGGCUGCAGUUGGAGGCCGAAGGCAGCCCUCUGCUCACUGAAUGUCUUGCAUGUGCUGACUGCUGCCAGCAGCGCUGAACAUGCCCCGCCGCCCAGGCCCAGCACUGCAUGUUGGGUCAGCGUCUGGUGCUGCUGUCACAUCUUUGUCUGCAUAGCCAGUAGGACUGCCUCAGCCAGGGGGUUUAUCAGAAGGUGUGCAAGGCCUCUGGGGGAACUGAGCCCCUAUAGUGGGCAGUCUCCUUUACCUUCCCACCUCCCUGAAAAGCACAGAAGACAGUGCCUUGGUUUGUGUUUUGAAGCAAACCAGCCAGCUUUCUGGCUUUGCCCCAAUACUGUGAUGGAACAUAAUAAAACUGGAGAUACAGUUUUAACACUGCAAAAAGGAAAAAACAUCAAGUUUCUACUUCUGGCUGGAAAGCAAAACCAAUCUCAGCUGACAAGGCUGGGCAAACUAAGUUUUCCUGAGCCCAUUUUCCUUCGAGCCCUGACCUAGCCUGGCCUUACCUCAUUAAGGUUUGGUUAAAGCAGUGGAAAGGAGAGAAGGCAGGGGUGGAUGGGGGUGUGGGGAGGGGAUGAGCACUCUGCAGCCGAUUAAUCUGUUGGUAGGGGCCCAGCUUCUUGGGAGUGCUUAUUCAGCCCAAGAGUGGAGGCUGUAUACAGCGAGCCCUGGAGAUGGCAGCUUGUCUCCAGCUGGGGAGGGGUCAGGCCCCUGAAUUGAAGACCACUUUGGUAGCAGAAAUGUAGGGACUGCUGAGUCACCCACGACUCACGGAUUCUGCAGCAGCUGCUCCACCCACAAUAAAGCAAAUGCCAACAGGCUAGACCCCAGAUUGCAGGGGCCGCCACCUACAAGGUGGGACCACAGGCUGCCUCACCGGGAUUGUCUGCCACUAAAUAGCUGGAGUCACAGAUUGAGAUAAAUGCCACCUUCAAGGUUGCAGUGAAAAGCAUAGUCCUAUGUGAUGAAUUCAUAUGUGUUAUUUUUUAAAAAGCUAUUUUAUUACUGCAUGUUCCCGUCCCGUCUUGUGAAUGUGAGUCCCCGCCACCACGUGAGCUGCAGUCGUUGCAGCAGCUGGUGCAGGAGUGCGGCUGUUGCGUGUGUGAUAGCAUCUCAUAGGUGUUGCUGCACAAGAGUUAACCAGAGUCAAUGCCAAACACAUAGUAUGAGAAGUGUACUUUUUAAGAAAUUAAUUUAUUUGAGUUCAAAUAUUUUUGAAAUAUAAAAAUUGGUUGUAUUUUUUAAAGCUAUAAUUCUUGUAGACAUUCUGUGGUUAAAAAUUUGAUUGUGCUUAUUAAAAAUGGUCAUCUACGUUUUGCACUUCAGCUACGUGAAAAUAAAGUUUCUUUGGGAAGGUGA